AUGACUACUCCUGUAUCCGGUCACCCGUCCGAUUUACCAAUAAGCAAACGUCGUUUGGGAGCUACCAGGGAUGGUGUUUUCAAGUAUGUCUAUGAUCAUCUCAUCUACGAAGUACUUUUAAGAAUUCCCGCCGAGUCUUUAUUAGCAUUCAAGAUUGUCAACAAGGCUUGUUAUUCCAUAAUUAAGGAUCCUAAUUUUGCCAAACAACAUUGUGAUUAUCAUGCAGCAAAAGAACAAUCUAUUGGUUUGGUAUCUCUCUUUCCAAGAGAAUAUAGUUUGAAUAACUACGAUAUCACGAAUAUUAACAAAUUGCAGAAGAUAGAUGAGAACCCAGAUGGUAAUCUAUCGAAGAGGCAGCAGAAUGAGCAGUUUCCAUUGAACACGCUUGCGGAAAGAUACUUGAAAAUCACAUCAUGCAACGGUUUGGUGUGUUUUCAUACAGAAUUCCCUCUGCACACGUGGAACCCAAUUACAAUGGAAUUAUUGAUGCUUCCCCAUCCUGGAAUUGAUGAUGACAAAGAGGUGGCCAGCGGAUGUGGAUUCGGAUUCGACGCAAUUCAUAAUGAAUAUAAAGUUAUUCAGUUAUACAAACGGUUCGAUGAUUCUACGUUGGGUUAUGAAAAUUUAGCCUUAGCUACAGAUAUGUCAUGGAGAUGA